UGAGGGUGGACGCGUCCACUAACCCGCUCAGACAAAUCGGUAGAUUCUAUUCCCUGUAUAAACGCCAAACGCCCCCAACACUCUCAAUGUUAACGCCCUCCUGGUCCUCCUCCUUCACAUCCUUCUUCGUCUUCUUCAUGCCACUGUUUUUCUAAGGACAUUCUCUCUCUCUCUCUACCAAUUUUCUAUAGUUUUUAAUUAUUACUCAAAGCUCCCUUCUCUCAGCUUCUUCAGGUUGACUUCCAUUGACAGUCAACAUGUUUCUUUGGAGAAAGCACUCGCAGAAUCAUCACGAGAAUGAUGCUGCACAACAAGAUGCUAAGGUCAGUGAACUCAGGGCAGCUCUUGGACCUUUAUCUGGAAGUAGUUUGAAGUAUUGUACUGAUGCCUGCCUGAGGAGAUAUCUGGAAGCUCGAAACUGGAAUGUUGACAAGGCACAUAAAAUGUUAGAAGAGACACUCAAGUGGAGGGCAUCUUAUAAGCCUGAAGAAAUCCGCUGGCAUGAAAUAUCACAUGAAGGUGAAACAGGUAAAGUCUUCAGAGCAAAUUUUCAUGAUCGAUAUGGGAGGACUGUGCUCAUAAUGAGGCCAGGGAUGCAGAACACAUCAUGUGCAGAAGACAAUAUCCGCCAUUUGGUCUAUCUUAUUGAGAAUAGCAUCCUUAACCUAGCAGAGGGUCAAGAACAAAUGGCUUGGUUAAUAGACUUCACUGGAUUAUCUUUGAGCAACAGUAUCUCAGUUAGAACAGCUCGUGAUAUCAUUAACAUUUUACAGAAUCACUAUCCUGAAAGGCUUGCUAUAGCAUUUCUCUAUAAUCCACCAAGAAUUUUUGAGGCAUUCUAUAAGGCUGUCAAGUACUUCCUAGAUCCAAAAACUUCCCAGAAGGUGAAAUUUGUUUAUCCAAAGGAUAAAGAUAGUGUAGAGCUCAUGGGGUCUUUCUUUGAUAUUGAUAAUCUUCCCGGUGAGUUUGGGGGAAAAGCCACGAUGAAGUACGACCAUGAGGAGUUCUCACAGUUGAUGGCCCAGGAUGAUGUAAAAACAGCCAAGUACUGGGGAUUUGAUGAGAAGCCAACUCACAUUGCUAGUGGCCGUUUGGGGGCUCAGGUGGCUCCGGAGCCAACACCUCUUGCACCACCAGCUAGUUAAUUUACUUGUAUAAAACACAAAAGCAUGACAGUGAAGCCUGGAUUAGAUCAACUUGUAGAGACUUAAUAACUGAGUUUGCUGAGGAACUGAAAAUCAUAAUGAGGUUCAGAUGAAAAGAGAUUAAUCUUAUAAUAAUUAUUGCACGCUGCUAACUAUGAGAUAGAACACGAGGCAGUUUCUGCCGCUUCCUCUUCAAAUUGUCUGAGUAGAAAAAAAAUACAUUUAUGUGCUAUCCUUAUAUCCUCAGCAUCCUUGCCCUGCAAUUUAUACGAACAGAAAAAUAGAUUAACUUGAUUUAUGUA